AUGUUUCUCGACAAUAUCUCAGAUCAAAAUGUAUUCACCUCCAGCAAUAUCAAAGCCAGCGUGAAUCAUCACAACCUUGGAGCUAUAGACUCUAAUGACUCCUUCCUUCGCUCGCCUCUGACAAUGAAGGGAUCUUCAAUGAAUGCAGGGCAUAGAGUGUGCUUCACUGAUCAGAAACCUAUGACUCCAUUCAAGAACACCACAAAUGAUAGAAGUAACAUUCAUCCACUCACAUACAAUACUGAAAAGAAGACUAUUGCAAGUGGAAAGCACUAUCAAAACUUUAGCUAGCUUAGUUAGAGAGAGGAUGUUCAGAAUGAGAACAAAGAGAAGAUGAAUAUACAGGUGAAGAACACAAAAUCGACAUCAAGCAAAAAUGCACAAUUAAAGCCAUCUUUCCAAGGUGACAGAUUUAUACCAUGCAGACCUAGCAACAACUAAUAUGAGUUGCAAUUUCAGCACGAAGAGCAGUUAUUGCUCACUAGACAAGCUCAAUACCUUAAUAGUUAGAACACAGACGCCAACGGCGAUAAUCAGGCAAAUAUGAGUAUGAAUGGGAGUGCUAGUGCCGGAAAUUUGGCAGGAAAUAAUGGAUUCGGGCCAGAUGGAUAACCUCUUUCCUCUUAAAGUCAAUAAUCUCAGCAAAUAGGUAGUUCUAUGAUGAUGAAUGGUGCUACUAACGCUGGCGACCAAAAUAUGAACAUUUACUCUAAUCUGUUGCAAACUUAGUGCCUUGGAGAUUCUUUUUAUAGUAAUGAGGGAGGAUAUUAAAAUUUAAGUCAUUUCGGAAGUGGAUAUGGAGUCAAUGAUUUAGGAAUCUCUUCGAAUUUACCAAUAGGUAUUUAUUCAAGCCAAGCUGGAAAUCCAGUAAUCGGUUCUGGCAUGAUUGGAGCUACCUCGUUAAACCAUACCAUUAGCAACAUGAUGGCCAAGUCUAAGAAAAGCAUCUUUAAGUACACUAACAAAGAUAAAUAUCAAAGUGAGAACAGCGCGCCUUAUCAAGUCAGUCCUCUUCUAAACAUCGAUACCACUGAAUAAACUUCUCCAAGUGUGAAGAAUACUCGUAAAAUACCUAAAAUGCCCUUCAAGGUACUAGAUGCUCCUCAACUUUAGGAUGAUUUUUAUCUCAACCUUGUUGACUGGUCAUCAACCAAUAUUCUCGCAGUUGGGCUUGGAAGAGCAGUUUAUAUUUGGAGCGCUUGCACAAGUAGAGUUACAAAGCUCUGUGAGGUGCCUCAUGAUGACUCCAUCACAUCAGUUGGAUGGUCACAAAGAGGAACUCACCUAGCAGUUGGAACUAACUCAGGCGACACUUAAAUUUGGGAUACCACCCAUUGCAAAUUAGUAAGAACCCUAACAGGCCAUUUAAGUAGAGUUGGGUGUGUUGCUUGGAAUAAUUCAAUUGUGAGUACAGGCUCUCGUGAUCGUAAUAUAUUAUAAAGAGACUUAAGAGCUCACAACCAAGUUGUUUCCAAGCUAGUUGGCCACAAGUAAGAAGUUUGCGGUUUGAAGUGGUCAUUUGAUGAUAUGUAACUUGCUUCAGGCGGAAAUGACAAUAAGCUGAUGGUAUGGUCACUCUAAGGAGGUGAAUCACCACUUGUAAAGUUCUCAGAUCACACAGCUGCUGUAAAGGCUAUUGGAUGGAGCCCCCAUCAAAAUGGUCUUUUAGCCUCAGGUGGUGGAACAGCAGAUAGAUGCAUAAGAUUCUGGAACACCCAUACACUCUAACCUAUCAACUACAUCGAUACAGGCUCAUAAGUAUGCAACUUGAUGUUCUCUAAGAAUGUGAACGAAAUCGUGAGCACCCACGGUUACUCAUUGAACUAAAUUAUCAUGUGGAAAUAUCCUUCUAUGCAAAAAGUUGCAACACUCACUGGGCAUACUUACAGAGUGCUAUAUCUAUCAAUGAGUCCUGAUGGCUAAAAUAUAGUAACAGGAGCAGGAGAUGAGACUCUUCGUUUCUGGAGCGCCUUCCCAUCCUCUAAUAAGGGUAAAUCCUCUCUAGAUUGUGGAAGCUUUGGAGGCAGUAGCAUGAGUCAAAUCUUCCCAAGCAGCAUGGACAUUCGCUGA